AUGGAUUGUAGAGAAGUGAUUCGUGGAGUGCAAGGAAACAUUUUGAGAGGACGAUGGGAGCUGUAUCCUUUCCUUCGAAAGAUAAAAGAGCAUCUUGGCCAUCCAAAUUUUGUUGAUACUAGCUGGGCUUGGUGUCCAAGAACAGAUAAUGUGGUAGUAGAUCACACUGCGACUUUGGCAAGUGCGAGGAUGAACCUUAUGACAUAG